AUGGCACAUUUAUUUGACCUCCCACACGAACUUCUUUUUCUGGUUGUCCAAUACCUGUCGAUCAAGCCUUACGGCACCAGUAUCACCUGUGGCAACUUGUUCGCAAUCUCACUGACUUCGAAACGCUUUCACGCUGUCGCACGAAAAUUGAUUUACAAAGCCGUAUUUUUGCCUUCUCCAAGAGCCGCAGUUCAUUUCGCUCGGACCCUCACAGAACAUCCUGAUCUAGGAUUGCUGGUUCAAUACUUCGAAGCAGGAGCUCUCGAGCAAAUUGAACUCCAGGCCAUUUCCCAUCGCGACCAGAGACCGAGUGUGCAGGGCACAACAACUGCUCAAGAAGAAGCGCAAAGAUAUUUCCUGCUACCUCUGAAGAGGUGGCAUUCGACCUUUCCACAGGUGGCUGAGGAUCUUCGUUUCAACAACGGCGCAAUCUGGAUCUCAUCCAUACUUUCUCAGCUGCAUCGUCUUGUGGAGGUCGAGCUGCAGCUCGGAAGAUCAGCACAGUACCUGAACAGGUUGAUAAAAUGGUCCAGCGUCGAUGCCAAGGGAGGGCUCCCAUUCAAAGAAUUAGCCAGUCUCAGCCUUUUGGCCAACGAAGACGCUGGCGUGGACGUGAAGUCUAUUCUCCGGCUGCCCUCCUUGGAAAUAUUCAGAUCUUGGAGUCUGCGCGGGUACUCUCUUCCGAACACGGUCGGGGAUAUAACCUCGCCUCUCCGUUACCUUGGUCUCUUUCAUCCUCACAUGGAUGAAGCUGAGGUCGCGUCGUUGCUUCGCUGCUGCCAAGAUUUACGCCAGUUCGAAUUGCAACCUAUUUUGGGUAUGACUCCGGGAGUGCCAUGGUAUCAUGCCAAAGCAGUGGCACAGGGGAUCAGCGCAGGGCUCUAUCAAUGUCAACAGAACCUAGAGGUAUUGACCAUCGAUACCUGGACCACCUCUACACCGGCUCAGCCCCUUGAUCUCAUUGGAUAUCGACAUCUUACCAAACUCACAUUACCAGCCACAGAAGCCGUGAAGGUGGAAGAUGGUUUUGAAUCAACCCCUUCAUCUACGAAUGCCGUCACCACAAUAGGCCAAUUCUUCAAGUACGAUCUCUACGCCGCGGAUCAAACAGCACUGGUAGAUGUGCCCCUACGGCAAGAAGACACACGAAGGGAAUGCGAUCAGGGGUAUGGCUGGGUCAACAUUGUCUAUGAGGACACGGAUAGAAGGACUCCCCUCAGGAAGAGGAAACCACGACACAAGGAACCCAAGCUUUUGUAA